AAAAUUUAAAGGGGUCUGAAUACUUUCCAUACCCACUGUACACUAAUCAAAAACAGGAAGUAAAGUCAACCACAUGUCAUUUACUGUCAUAGCUAGAGCAGAGCAACAGUAAUAGUUCCUUUACAGAGCUGAAUAGCUGGUUCUUGAAGUGUUUCCACCAUGAGACCUAACUACAGCCUGACCAUGCAUCAUGUGUACAUUUUAGCGACCCUCGUCCUCACUUUGGAAGCUGAUAGUGAAGAUUCAAAUUGUGAAGUUCAAAUUAAAGUACGUCGCAACAUUGUUUACAAAGCUUUCCUUGGGAACAUCCUUAGGAUUAACUGCACAGUUGGUUUCUGCAACAGUUCACCACCAACAGUCUCCUGGUUUAAACAUGAGAAGACAUCCUUCCCUGUCAAUGUCAGCAGCGGCAGUCACAUUAAAACGGAGUGGAAAGCUUUAAAACAUUUAGAAGGAGUAUCGUAUUUGGUCUUCCAAAAUAUACACAGCAAUGACUCUGGUGUGUAUUACUGCCAAAGUGGGCUCAUGGGGGGUCAUAUUAUCAACGUCUCUGUCAGUGGUGAUGUCGAGCUAACCACAGUUACAUGGACGACUUCAGAACUGGAAAUCUCAACAAUUCAGGAAAUUGUCUGGCUAUACCGUCUUGUUGGAAUCAUGGCGUUUGUAAUCAUAGUGAUAAUUAUAUAUGUUACAUCAAAAUCUGGAUGUAAAGGUGUCCGUUGUGCAGGUGAAUCCAGGCACACACCAGAUCCAAGCUGCCAGCCCUCCCAUCAAGCCUUGUCUACCAUUCAUAUCUAUGAAAACGAAUAAUAGUCCCUAUGGUUGUGCCAUGAACUCUUUUAGAGUUAAAUCUAUGAUUCAUUUUAAAACAGUUCAUAGUGUCAUUAUAAAGAUUUUGUAACCUGUAACUUGUAUGUGAUUUAUUCACAUUUUUACUGAUCAGUGCUUUGUUAAAAUGUAAUUUUUAUGUAAUGUGCUUUAGGAACUAUUGAUUGGGUGUAAAUGGCUUUAAAAUAAAAAAUUACAUUGACAAAAUAUGA